GACAUAACAGGGAUAUUAACAGGAGUCUUCAUACUGAUCUGCUGCUUCUUCAUCUAUUCGACAUGGGACACAAUGUACAGAAGACCUAAUCUCCCUCCAGGUCCUACACCUCUGCCCCUUAUUGGAACUUUGCUGCACAUUAAACAUGGAGAACUAGUGAGCUCAUUAAUGAAGCUGUGGAAGCAAUAUGGCCCAGUCUACACUUUGUACUUUGGUCCUCGUCCGGUGGUUGUCAUCUGUGGAUAUGAAGCAGUGAAAGAAGCUCUGGUGGAUAAAGCAGAAGAGUUUGGUGCUCGAGGUCCUUUAAACCACAUUGAGAAAUUCACCCAAGGUUAUGGGAUUAGUCUGAGCAAUGGGGAAAGAUGGAGAAUCACACGGACCUUCACGUUAAGAACACUGAAGAGUUUUGGGUUUGGAAAUAAGAACAUUGAAGGGAAGAUACAA